AAAAAAUCGAAGAAGUGAUUUCGAAGUCGAAUCGUCGACGUCGUGAUCGUUGGUUGUCGCAAGAUCGUUAUCCUCCUCGUCCUUGUCAAAUAGAUUUUAUGUGGUCGGGUAGUUUCCUCGUAUUUCUUCUUACCCACUUCUGCUAUUUCAUUUUGGAAAAAAUCUCGAGCUGGAGCUGUUGCUUUUUGCCAAGAAUUUGAAAGUAUCUAUAUGCAAAGAAAAACAAACCAUGUCGCUGCAGAGCUUGCUAUCUCUAUCUGAAUCUGCGCUCCACGACUUCCAGGCUUCUUCGUACCCGUGCGGCCACAGAGUGCUACCGGCGAGGCACUCUUUGUUCCUAUCGGCUGGUGAUGUUGCACCUGAGUCAAACGUUGAGUGCCCGAACUCCCAAUCAUUGCGGACGCUGUGUGCGAGCAGUGGAAGUAGCCAUGUUCAGCCACCCCGGUCGUGGUCCAGGCAGCGCGUACGUGGUAUGGCAUCAGCUGUGAGAAGCAGCUUUGCGUCUUCCGACGACAUGUUCCCCGGGCCGACACCCAACAACCACGGAGGCGGCGAUCCCCCCGACGACAGUCUGUGCCGCGAUUGUCGGAAGCCCCAGCCCGUCGCGUCACAACCCUGCAAGACCGCCGGCGAUCGCAAGGCAAAGCUGAAUGAAGCGAAAAGUCGGGAGGAAGCCAAACGGUGGGACCAGCAGGUUGACCUGUUCAAGUCUUCGCUCGGCGUUGGAUUCAUGGCGGCCAUCAUCUACCGCGUCCGCAAGUACCUGUUGGCGCCGAAGCUGCGGAAUCGCCAUGGCGAAGAAGUCGAUUCGGACGAGGGUGGGGAAACCCUUGUUUAA